GGAUGUAGUUACUUGUUGCUGGGCAGCCUGCAGCUUUCUGUCAUCUAUAAAAUCAAAUUUGAUUCUUGAAAAUAAAUUUAAAAUGCCGUUUAAAUACGUAACAGAACAUAAUUAACAUUACUGACUCAUUAUGUCAUAAUUGUGCACUUCCCAUCUUUGGAGACAUUACAUGUUCUAAUGACUGCAUUAAUUAGUAUUUGGGCUUAAGGUAAGCUGGCCUCAUUUUAUAAAUUAUCGAAGUGAAGUGGUGAUUCGCACCCGGCACCCGGGUAUUAGAAGUGAGAGGUUGGGAUUAAAAAACUAUUAAAAAUAUUAUUGUUGAAUUUUUAAGACAAAAUGAGGUAUGAAAUGAAAGAUAAUUGAAUGGACUAUGUGCUUGUUAACUUACUUCUUCAGUUUAGGUAAAAUAAACUACCACAAAUUACAUCGAAUGGGAUUUAAUUUAAUGAAUUUAUCCAGGCCUUACUGAUUUGUAUUUUUUUAAAUUGGAAUCUUGGGGUUGCCUCUAAUUCUAAGAUAUUUUAGUACUUACAAGAAAACAGCCGAAGCCGAAGGUAAACAAUUUAUGUGAAUGAAGGGCAUCCUGCUUGAGAUUUUUUAUUUCAUUGAUUUUCAUAUUAAAUUAUAUUUACUUUUGGCUUUGGAGUGUUAGCCUAGGCCUAAAAAUAUUAAACUUAAAACUUUUGUGUUUUCAUUAAUAAUUAAAAAAAAAAAAAAUUUUUACACUCAUAGGCCUAGGGAUCAUUUUUUACAGAUUACAACUUCCUUUACAGAUACCAAUACCAAAAUUUGAUUGAGGAGCAGACAAUGUCUGAUCUGGUUGCUUAUUGGGAAUUAGCUUUGAGUGAUGGGGUUCACAAGGUGGAAUUUGAACAUGGUACUACAAGUGGGAAACGUGUUAUAAGGGUUGAUGGAAAGGUAUGUUGUAUUUUAUACUGAAUUUCUCAUUGUAGUCAUAUUAUUGUACAAAGAUACUUAAUUUAAAGUUUGGCUAUCUGUCUUAAAGCAGUUACAGUGCAAAAUUUGCAAUAUUAAUAGCAGCCAUGGCUUUACUUGUAGAAAUUGAAAGACCAUAUUUAUUGAUUUUGGUUGCCAUUUCAUAUGUUGAACUUGAAAUUGUUCUAUUUGUAUGUCUCUUUAAUUAUAUACAUUAGUAUACUAAGCAUUUUUGUAUACCUAUAUAAGAGGAAUCUAUAUUGGUAAUUAAAUGCCAAAACUUGCACUCUGAAAUUCUAACUUAUUAUUUCAGGAGAUAUACCGCCAAGACUGGAUGUUUAAACUAGUAGGCAGAGAGCAUUUCCAGGUGGCCAAGGCAAAAUGUGUCAUCACCAUAGAAGCUGUGAGCGGCUUUGCUUAUGAGUAUUCACUUGAAGUCAAUGGAAAGCCUCUGAAAAAAUUUAGAGAGAAUCAAAGUAAAAUCAUGAAAACAUGGACACUGUACAUAGCUGGAAAAGAUACAAGAGUUGUAUUAGGUAAAACUUAAUAUUUUGUAACCUAAAAUUUGAAUUGAGCUUAUUCCAUUUUUAAAAAUUUUACAAAUUAUUAAUGUGAAUAAAUUUUAUUGUGAGGAGUUUUUUUCUGUUAAAAAUGUAUAUGUAUAUUUUGUAUUUGAACAACUGUCUGAUAAAUCUAAAGAUAUAUUCAAUAUACUUAUUAGGCAGUUUGUUAUCCCUUUUUGUAAAUGAUUUAGGUGUAUUCCUAAAAUUGUUUAGGUAAAAAUUGCAAAGAUGUAUUAUAAUUUUGUAUAUUACAGAAAAAGACACACUGGAUGUAUGGGUAAAUGGAUCCAAAGUGGAAACAACGGUAAGUUUUUGUUUCAUUAAACCUAAUUGCCCCUUCUGUUCCAUUAUUGUUCCACAUCUUUUCUGCAGUAGCCUAUAUCUAAUGUUGAUUACCACAUACAGUUGGCCCUCAUAUGACUGUAGCAAUCAGUUGAAUUAUAAUAUAUCAGUUAUGCGACAGAAUCGAGAUAGUCUCCGUUGACAAUCUUUUGACCAUUUUUUAAAUUAAACUAUUGAACUUAAUUUUAUUUUAAAUUUGAAUGAAUCUAAUGUUUUAUUGUAUUUAAAUUAAGGUUGAGAGCAUGUUUUAUUUGGCUUAGCAUCGGGAAAAAUCUGAAAAAGGAGCUGGGUGUACAAAAUGUGUAAAUAUUUUAAAUGAAGAGAGAUUAAUGAAGUGAAUUGAAGUGAAAAAUAUUGAAAUUAUUGUCGAAUUGUGACAGAAAACUAAAGGAUAUGAUUAAAAUAAUAGAAAAUUUAAAGGAGCAUGUUUCUCCUGAUUUUGAGUUUGAAGUUGAGAUGUUGAUCACAUUAACUAAAAAAAUAAACAUCUCAUUUUUGUUAUUCACAGGGAGAGUUUGUGGAUGAUGGGACUGAAACACAUUUUGAGGUUGGCUCUUAUUCUGCCUACAUUAAAGCUAUAACAACAGGGAAAAGAAGAGAUGGGAUUGUGCACCAGCUUUAUGUUGAUGGGGCUGAAGUACCUUUAGCAAAGGAAUAGUCUUAAUAUUAUUUUAUAUAAAUUUUAAAAAAAUCUUUUUCAAUGAAAUAUAAACAAUAAUAAUGAUAACACAAAAAUUGAAUGGUCAUCCGAUCCGAUCUUUUCCAAAAUAUAUUUUUUAUUUUAGCAUGUCUUCAGAUAAAUGUUUUGAUUAAUUAGAUUUUAGAUUUUUUUUUGUAAAUGUUGAGAUCUGACUGUUAUGUAGCCUACACAUGGAUUUGUAAAGUUGUUGAUAUUGUUAAAGGAUAUAAAUUAUAAGCCUUAUUUAAUUACCCAGUAUGUACAAGUUAUAUACCUCUUUAUUCAUUGGGCAAAGAGACUAAGUCCUACAAACAAUAAGAAAAUAUUGUGAACAUAGACUGCUAGAACUAAAAUUGCAAUAUACAUAUAUUAAUAUUAAUUUUGACAACCAUAUCAUAUUUAUCAGCAUUGCCUUAUAACAAAGCUAAAAAAAUUACAUUAAGUGAAAAAAUUUCAUUAGUAAUUUACCUAAAUCCACAUAAUCUUUUCAGGUGUAUAUAUAUAUAAAAAAUUACAUAAAGUCAUUGCUAUUUGUUUUAAUGUAAUAGUUUUUGAGAAAUUGAAUAAGUGAAUGAAAUAAACAAUCCAGACAACCAAUGACUUGAUCUGCAAAAGUUUCUUCAUAUAGUGUCAGUGAAUUUCCAAGACUGGCACUACUCUGGGGACUGAUAAUUGAAAAACCAAUGAUCAAAAUCAAUGGUUUGAUAAAAUUUGAAAGGCACAUCUUUUUUCUCCCCAAGGCUUGAAUGUUUAAUGAGUUUUUGAUGGUUAAAUUUUACCUAACCCAUCUUAACUUAACACACUUUAUGGUUGUCUGAGGAAAUCCAUUCAUUUUUGCUUUUUUAAGAAAUUCUUAUGUUUUUUACUUUUUUUAUUGUUGUAUUUUUUUCUCGUCCCCAGAGCCAUAUUCACACAUGAGCUCAUAUUAACUAUACUAUACAAUUGUUAUUAUUAUUAUUGCAGUAACAAGCAAUUGAUGAUACAUUUAAUGUUCUGUUGACUGAUAAAAGCAAAUAUUCUAAGUCACUUUGUUUUAUAAUCCCAUUUCUAAAAGCUGUUUAUUUUAUCAUUGUUUUUUUAAAAAAUAGAACAUUUGAGAAUUAUUGAAAAAAUUACAAUGUACAAUUUACUAUUAUUUUUUUUUCAAAAAAAAAGAUGUUAGAAUAAAGAUGUUGUCAAAAUAAAAUUGUAUUACUUCUUUUCAUAAUUUUGUGAGAGACCUCAUGAACGCCUAUUUAUGAUGUCCCUGGAGAACCGGUUAUACAUUCUAAAUCAUUAUUUUCUGAAUAACUAAAUGCCUCUUGUGAGUAGUGUGUCUCUUAAUAAUGCAGCUGAUGUUACUUGGCUUAAAUAAAAUGCAAUGGCAAUAAUAUCUUAAUAAGAUCACCAAUAAAGAACUUGCAGCUUGUAAUUUUCACCUUUGUGCAAGUUCACUUAUCAUACUUGACUGCAAUUAUUUGUGUUAUACCCGUAUGAGUUUUAAAAAAAUAUGUAGUGCCUUUGAUUAGUUUUUAUUUAAUAUUUAGCCAAAUCUUUUUUUUUUAAAAUCUUAAAACUUAAGUGUGUUUUCUAUCUGCUUGCAAAGAAAAUGUUUGAGCUAUCUCAGUGGUAGGCAAAUUGUGGCUCACGAGCCCCAUGCAGCUUUUUAGGGACCUAAGUGCGGCUCGGCCAGUCGGUCACAAAUUGAUUUUGACAGAUUCUUAAAAAGAAAUUUGUCUCUCAAAAAUUUUUUAACCGUACGGCUGCUGAUUUUUGGCUUGUUUGACUAAUGGGUUUGCCGACAACUGUGCCAUCUCAUUUCCAGUUAUACAUAUUUAUUUCAUUUAAAAGCGGGUUCAUUGGAACUAUUGUUUUAAUUUUGUUAAGACCUAUAAUAUUUUUUAUUUAUGUUGUUUCCUUAUUUGGGGGGGCUACAUAAUAAUAGUUCAGCUGCUUCUUAAUCAAUAUUUAAUGUUAUUUUCUGUUUUUUUUUAAAUUUAGCUUUCAAGAACCCUUUUGACAUUAAAGUUUUUAAUUUUCUUUACAAGUUUAAAAUGUGUACAUAAGAGGUAAACAGUGUUAUUUCUUUAUAAAAUCUUUUUUCUAACUUAUUUCUAUAUUUCAACAAGUUUAGUUACUUUUACUAAAAAUAAUGAUUUUUAUUUCACGUAAUUGCCUUUUUUUAAUUCAUCUUUAUCAACAUGUUUUUAAUUUAUUUUAAAAUUACAUGAAAUAUUCUGACCAUUAUUUUAUGUGACACCUUGUUAUCACAAUGAUUGCUUGUGUGUG